AUGAACCCAAACGCUCCUAGUUAUUCCGCUGCAACUUCUGAUGUGAAUGUUAGAAUGAUGGAGGCCCAGGUGUCUACUUCUCGCGAAGCUGAAGUUAACAGACCAGAGAACACAAAGAGAAGCUAUGCUUCUAAGCAAAAAGAGUAUAAAGAUUGGUGUGAUGAAGCUUUCUUGAUCAUUCCCCUCGAAAAUUGCUACACUGUAUAUGGAGAUAAGCUCCAUUUGUUUCUUAAAGACUGUGUUGUCAACCGAACCCACAGAAGAGACACUGGAAAAACCAUCAAAUCAGUCGAGGCUUUUGUGGAGACAGAUGUCGAGCCUACUGAUAUCCUUUUGCAGAGAGCACUUCCUCUGAUGGCCAGAAAGUUGAUUGACAUGCAGAAUGCGGACAGCAGGUUUCGCAGAGAAGUUCUGCGGGAGUUUGGUGUUCUUCACCAGAAGAUUGACGACUUGGUAUCUGGGAGAAUCCCUCUUUGGUCCCUUCAAGAAGAUGGAGGGGAAAGAGGUGGAGCUAGAUCAACAGAGGUCCAAGCAUUUCCAGUCCCAGCCAACAACUCUGGACCAAUUUCCCAGCUGCCAGACAUAUCUGUUUGGUAUAGAAUGAGCAGAGAUGUGCAGACGAUGCCUGACUUGUGGAGAGAAUGGCAUGUGGGACUCUCUGGCUGUGUCUCCGUACACAAGAUGGAGACGAGAUGUAAAAGAAUUGUCAAUCUUAUUAAAAAAUAUAUGGUUGACAAUUCCGUAAGUGAAGAAACAGCAGUCGAACUUGCAGAAGAAAACCAAAGAACAAGACGAAGAACUCUGGACUUUUUGUCUAAAAAUUCAAGCCAAAUCUUUCAAUGA